GCCAGCCAUUUUCCAUUCAAUGGCUUUGACAUCAGUAACACCCAGUUCCAGAUUCUUUCCAUCUUCUCAUCAAACACAACUACUCAAAAAAUCAGUAUCUAAGUUCAUCCAUAAUGGUAAUAGUAGGACUAAUGUGAGGAAAAAUAUCGACAGAACUCACCUAUUCUUCCUCUCAGAUGCACACAACCCUUUAAAACUCCGGCAAAAGAGACGGCCGGUGACCGUUGUUUUUGCAGUGUCACCGGCAGAGGAAAAUGUUGGCAGAAUUUUGUCAUCAGAUGUGGAAGUGAAAAAGAGGAGUGUUUAUUUUGCGAGAAAAUGGAAUUCAGCUGAUAUAGCAACUGCUGUUGUUGUGCUUUCAAUGCAUAUAUGCUGCCUUUUCGCGCCUUUUGUAUUCAGUUGGAAUGCAUUUUGGGUUGCUAUUUCGCUUUAUGUGAUCACUGGACUGUUUGGAAUCACUCUUUCGUUUCAUCGAAACCUUUCUCAUAGAAGCUUUAAACUUCCUAAAUUUCUUGAAUAUUUGUUUGCUUAUUGUGGUGCUCAAGCAAUGCAAGGAAAUCCAAUUGAUUGGGUCAGUACUCAUAGGUAUCAUCACCAAUUUUGUGAUUCAGAUAAGGACCCCCAUAGCCCAAUUGAGGGUUUUUGGUUUAGCCAUAUGAGUUGGCUCUUUGACACUAAUUCUAUCUUUGAAAAGUGUGGAGAACGAAAUAACGUAGGAGAUCUAGAGAAGCAACCCUUCUAUAGAUUUCUUCAAAAAACUUAUGUUGUUCAUCCAAUUAUACUUGCGGUGAUCUUAUAUUGGUUAGGAGGAUUUCCAUUCAUUGUCUGGGGCAUGGGUGUGAGGAUUGUGUGGGUGUAUCAUAUAACUUGGCUAGUGAAUUCAGCUUGUCAUGUGUGGGGAAAUCAGGAUUGGAAUACCAACGACUUGUCCAGGAACAAUUGGUGGGUGGCUUUGCUUGCAUUUGGAGAAGGGUGGCACAACAAUCACCAUGCCUUCGAAUUUUCAGCACGGCAUGGACUAAAAUGGUGGCAACUCGACAUGACCUGGUAUAUUGUAAGGCUGCUUCAAGUUGCUAAAUUGGCUACAGAUGUGAAGUUACCAUCUGCAUUACAGAUGCAAAGGAUGUCUUUCGACGACGAGACCAUUACGAUUCCAUAGCCAUCCCUUUGUUAAUGAGUUCAUAAUCAGAGAGGUUCUUUUUGCAAAAAGAAAAGUAUGAUCUUGAUGCAUGACAAUCUAAGUUGUUAAAUGGUAAAUUGGUAAUGUACAUCAACUGAGAUUGAAAUUUGUUGACAUUCUUAAGAGCAUCUCCAACUUGGGUUGUAAAAUAGUUAACGCCACAUUUAUAACAAAAUAAAACUCUCUUC